AUGGGCGGUGUUUUCACCAAGCUCAUUCCCCGCAACACAGACUCGCUGAAAAUCGAGCUGUACGUCGCCUGUGGGAUUUGGAAUCCUGCGACACCAUUUGUUACAGGAAAAAUGCUCCUUGCCCGUGCUCUUGCCGCGAGCUGUCGGGCUAAUGGCAAGGGAGUCUCCUUCUUCAUGCGCAAGGGCGCUGACUGCCUGUCGAAAUGGGUCGGUGAGGCUGAACGCCAACUUCGUCUUCUGUUCGAGGAGACCUUACGGGUCUAUCGACCACGACUUGUGCUCCAUGGGUCUGCUGGUAUGGGACAAGGCUAUUUAGGAGCCGCCGCCCUCCAUCAUUUGGAGGGAUAUCAUGUUCAAACUCUCGAUCUGGGGACACUUAUGGGUGAUUCAACACGGACUGUGGAAGCCGCUGUAGUUCAACUAUUCAUCGAGGCUAAAAGACACCAGCCCUCGGUUAUCUACCUUCCUUCUCUCGAUGGGUGGUCAGCAGCAGUUUCCGAGACUGCACGAUCCACUGUCAGAUCCAUGCUUGACUCGCUUGCGCCUACGGACCCCGUCCUCAUACUUGCCAUUGUAGACGGUCCGUUUUCCUCACUACCCCAUGACGUCCGUUCGUGGUUUGGUAUGACCCGCGAGAAUCGCCUCACACUACCGAGUCCCACCGAAGCCCAGCGAGACGCGUUCUUCUCAAGUAUCAUCGCGGACAUCCGUCGACCGCCGAAUCAGUUCGCAGAUGGCAUCAAACGACGAAAACGAAUUCUUGAGGAGUUACCGAUUGCGCCUCCGCUUGAGCCCCGUCAACCGACGGCUGCUGAACUUGCUAUUCAGGAAGAGAAUGACCAGCGUGUCAUCACGCUACUGAAGUACCGACUCGGCCCUAUACUGACGGAGCUGAAACGCAAGUUCAAACGAUUUACCAAGAAAGCUAGGACUUCGAUCCAAUUCCUGUGGCCAAUGAAGUGGAAAUCAGUUGCUACCACUACCACCAUAGCCAUACAAGGCGAAAACGAUGUAAUCGACGCAGGUCACCCAGGAGCAGCCAAACGGCAUCAUCAACGGCAUCCAUCCUGA